AUGACCGCCAAUAUCGACGCCAAAACGAUGGAAAUACCGAUAACGAUGCCAGGCCCCAGUGCCUAUAUGAUGCCAGGCCCCAGUGCCUAUAUGAUGCCAGGCCACAGUGCCUAUAUGAUGCCAGGCCCCAGUGCCUACGAUGCCAGGCCCCAGUGCCUACGAUGCCAGGCCCCAGUGCCUAUAUGAUGCCAGGCCACAGUGCCUACGAUGCCAGGCCCCAGUGCCUAUAUG